UCAUGCAUGUCUAGUAGGAAUUAUAAUGGCAAUUUCUAACUGUUUUAUUUACAGUGGCAUUAAUUGGUGGAAACAUUGAUGUGUUGAAGACUAAGUCAUGCUUAGUCAAUUCUUUAUUCUGUCCGCUCGUGGUGAUACUCUUAUAUUUAGGGAUUAUAGAGGMGAUAACUCGAAAAGUGCGGUGGAAGUUUUUUACAGAAAAGUCAAGGAAAGCAAGGGAAGUCAACCACCAUUUUUUAAUGUUGAAGGUGUCAAUUUUAUCUUCAUCAAGAGAAAUGGUCUCUACUUUGUUUGYACCACAAAGUUCAAUGUCUCCCCGACUUAUGYUGCUGAGAUUUUGUCAAGGAUUUGUAACCUUUGUAAAGAUUAUUGUGGAGUCUUAAAUGAAGAGGCUAUAAAGUGUAACUUCCCAUUGAUUUAUGAACUCUUGGAUGAAAUCCUGGACUUUGGUUAUCUGCAAGCAACAUCAACAGAAACAUUAAAGGCUUAUGUUUGCAAYCAACCAGAAUUGGUAGAAUGUCCUGACAAGUCUGUAUGGCAGUGUACUGGUGGGACAGUGUAUGGAACAGACAAAAUGUCACUGCCCAGCUCAGCUGCAAAUAAGCCAGUUAUACCCCACAAAACAAAGUUUUUCCAGACCCAGAAGCAAGAAAUAUUCGUGGAUCUUUUGGAGGGGCUYACUGUUCUGAUUGGAUCAAAUGGCAACAUCUUGCGAAGUGAAAUAAAUGGCUGCAUCAAAAUGAAAAGUUUCUUGGUAGGACGACCAAGCGUAAGACUAGCUUUAAAUGAAGAUCUUACAAUAGGAACCAGRGACGCACUUUCUUCAGUGUCUUUGAUGGGAGUUCAAGUUGAUGACUGUAGCUUCCAUGAGUCGGUUGAUUUAAGUGAGUUUGAUGCCAAUAAAACACUCACUAUCCCACCCACAGAUGGAGAGUUCACAGUAAUGCAGUACAGGAUUUCAGGAGAAUUGUAUUCUGUCUUACCAUUUAACCUUAUCACUUUUGUMGAUGAGCAUGAAGUUUCCAUGUCAAUGGAAGUGAUAUUGAAACUGAGAUGUAAUAUUGAUCAGAGUAGUUAUGUCAACAAUGUAGAAGUGAAAGUACCGGUUCCAAAAUCAGCUGAGAGCGUGUCGCAUACGUCGUGUCAGGGUGGGCAAACUGGCGAAUAUAAACAGGCUGAAAAGAUUUUUUACUGGAAUAUACGCAAAAUACAGGGCCGUGCUGAAGUAUCUACUACGAUUAAGAUCAAGUUAAAGGACAAGUUAAAAACAGCAAGAAAAGAAGUUGGGCCUAUAAGUUUAAAUUUCGAAAUACCAAUGUAUAUCUGCUCGGGGAUGAAAAUCCGCUACCUCAAAGUGUUUGAACAGGGAAAGACUUCAAAUCCAUUAAAAUGGGUUCGAUCUUUAACUCACAGUAACUCUUACGUGAUCAGGAUAUAGUUACAAAUACUCAACACAGAAAGGACAAUUGCAAGAGGGACACUCAUUUUUACCAGAUUUGUACAUAUCUAUGAUGUAUAGCUACAAGCGUCAAUCGAUGUUCAAUCGUUAUUAGUAAAUAUUGACUACUGAAUAAGCGUUUUGUUUUCAGCUUCUAUAAUUAGAAAUUCUAUAUUUUUCGGCGAACAAAUAUUUCAAUUCUAUGCGCGCGCUAUGAUGUUGGUAACUCGUAAGCGCGCGCGAGCAGAGCGCGCGAGCUCAAAAAUCGUUUUUCAAAUCCCACUCGUGAACGCGAACCUACAACAUGGAUGAAAAACUUGACUUUUCGCUGCUUAACUUUCCUGAUAAACUUUGGUACAUGGUUAACGAGCCAAAGUACGAGCAAAUACACUGGAACUCGGACGGAACGAGUAUUGUCAUUUCAAAUAAUACUGAGUUUGUGACAAAAGUCCUCAAUAAUCCUUCAAGAGUUCUUUUCAAGACGAAAAAUCUUUCAAGUUUCGUCCGUCAACUGAAUCUUUAUGGAUUCCGUAAAGUCUCAGAGCAUAGGAAAGUUGGACAGAUUCAGCCUGUGGCCACCAACAGAAGUGAAUUCAAGCAUCCUUGCUUCAUUAAGGAGAGAAAAGACUUACUUGAAGAUGUCAAGCGACAACCAAGUGCGACCAAAAAAACACAAUCUUCUAGUGAAGAGAAGCCUCACUCGAUCAGGAACGAGUUCCCAGUGCAGGGUUAUGGACCCGUUACCWCUAGCCCAUCUGCUAUUGGAGGGUUUUGGGCAAAUUGGGAUCCAUUUUUGUAUCCGUUUCCAUGGAUGCCGUACGGAGGAGCUGCUGGGGGAUACGCCGUAUCUAGUACACCUCAGUAUCAGGGAUUUUACGGUCAAGAUGGAUUCCCAUACUAUUUACCACACCAAAUGCCAUUGACGAGCUGUGCGMCCGCACAUUCUGGCGAAUUCAGUGCAGCUGUAAACGGACGCCGAUCGGAUGGAUUAGCAAAUGAAUAUAUGAUCCCUCGCUCGACYUCUGCUACUUUGGCUCCACAAAGUUCACUGCCUGCUGUCAAGGUCACCAGCUCCCUGUCACGUGAUACCGUAGCAGAGAACAAUUGCCGUKGCAGCACUGAGCUAGUCAAAAGCGUGACCAUUCGCACUGUCAGUUUGCCAGAAGAGGCCAAGAAGCCCAUACCAGCCCAAACGGCUGAGGUUAGCACCACGAGCCAUGACGCCGUCAAGAUCAAGAGCCAAACAAGUACUGGAUUGGACGAUAAAGUAACAAAACCAAAAGAUGAAAAGUUGCAUGACUUUGAUCAAGACCAGCGCUCAGUCAUCCAGGACUACAAAAGACUCAAAUUUAUGAAGAACACUGAUGAGUAACCUGUUUUGGUGGCGAUAUCCUUGUCGAAUCUGUUCACUGUUCUUUUCGGUCUCCAUUCAGUUUACAUUGUUGGCAUUACCACGUGAUGUAGUUCAGUACAUAUAUAGACUGUACUUUGGAGCGAAGGAAUUGUAAAGACUUUGAUACUUACAGUYAUUGUAAAUACUAAAUAAUACAAUCAUAUGCUAUAUCUAUUUGACGCUUUUGACAAAUUUUGAAAUUAUUUUUGUAGUCAAUAUCAUGAUACAUAAAAUAAAAUAUUAUUUGAACUGUUUUA